AUGGAGCCGCAAAACAGUUCAGACUUGAAUGGUUCCAAGGAGAUGGUAUGCUACGCGGCAAUAAUCUUCCCACUGAAUACAACCCAUGAUCGUAGUUGGUUGGGAAUUCAGGAUGUGGACGCUUCCAUAGACGGUUUUAACUGUCAACGAUGUGUUAAUGAAGAUGAGCUGAUUUCACAUGAGGCAGAGAUGAGUGACGAUAAAGUUAAUAUGGCACUUGAUGACAUCAUUAAGCUGAAUAAAAGAAAACGAGCUGGGAAGGUGGUCAAGAGAAGUACGGAACGCGUCCGACAGGUGAAAGGACGGAGUGGCAUCACCUCACGUGGUAGAGGAGGUCUGGCUCGUCGCCGAGGUGCUCCGCUUAACAUCGGUCAGCGACGAGGCGCACGCACGCGAUUCAUUCAGCGCCGUGGCAUUGGAUCUCCCAGCACAAACGUCGCCGUUGUUGAUAAUGCUGCUACCCGUCGUUUCGUGAAGAAACUUGUCAAUGUUUAUGCUGAUGCAUCCCUAACUGGAGUGAGUGUGCGAUCACGGGGAAUUCGUAAGAGAGUUGUGCAGAUUCCAAGAAUCGUCGUAAGAAGACCGAGGCGUAUUCGUUCAGUUCGUCGGCCACAAUUUGAGGAAAAGUCCGAACAAUUCGUUUACCAGCCAGUACGCGUCGUUGAGCGUGAACCUUCGCCUACACAAGUGAUUCGCCGACGCCAAGUGAGACCCGUGUACCGUAAUGAGCGUGCUGCAGUACGAGUUUUACAAAAUGGCCAGCGUGCAGCCGUGAUGCCAGUUCGACAAUUUAUCCAGCAGCGUUCUGCCCAGUUUCCUAUUAGGCGGAACCGUGUUUUCGCUCAACAGCAGCCUCUUACCAGCAAAGCAUUGAUUGGGAGGAAUGUCUAUGGUACUGGACGCCAGAAUCCUCGAGGAAAUGUUAUUUACGUUAACGAGGAGAUGAGUUCACGGAUCCAACCUUCCGCCCGUAGCGGUGUUCGUUUUAUUAAGAGGAGACCAAAUCGUCAGUUCGUGACUUAUCGUGGGGAUGAGCUAAAAAGGGAACAAAAACAAGAAAACAUGACGAAAGCGGCCGCCGAGUCAUCCGAAAAAUUCCACUUGUUUACGAGCAAUCCAACGAACAAGUAUUCAAUGAAACCGAAGGAGAUCAGCGACGUACAGGAGUCAACUAAUUUAAACGCAGAAGUCAAACGAAUCAAACCCAUGAUUAGCCCGAAAAGAGUUCCUUCGACAUUCGCUGUGAAUCUGCCUUACUUUGGUUAUGGAAGAUGGAUGGACGCGAUAGCACAGCAUUUCAUGCUCAAGACCCCUUUUAUACCGAAUAAAUUAAGGGGAAGAUCUCUCCACAGACGAGUGGCGAACAUGAGAAUAAUGAGUAAACAACUUUGCUGCCGCUCGGACCCGCCACCAACAAAUCCCAUGCGAGCUUCAAGAGAACAAGAGAAGGCAACCGUGGUCAUACCCAAGCCCGUAGUAGAAGCAGAUGAGUUAAAGCUUCACGCAGGAUUACUUUUUCCCGAAGCAAAGAAACAAUGA